UAUGUGUAGGCCGAUGUUUAUAGUUUGAGCAUGAAUCUCUUGAGUAUCUCUCCUGUGUGGGGACCUGUAGUGUCUACCUCCCACCACCUGGGGGCGCCAGCAACGUGUCUAUUGCCAUAAACACGGAAACUAUAUUGUUUAUCAGAAGCUUCAUCCUGUUGGUCACAGCUUCUCUGUUUUCACUCUGCCGUGGAGCUGCUCAUACUGAAGGGAUCCGUCUUCAUUCUGUUUGCGCUGCUUUGUUAUAUUAAAUAAACGUUUCUGCUCACAUCGUUUAAAGUGUUCAGGACAGUUUAACUUUAAACAUCAGCCCGGAGAUCCUGCUUUUAUUCUGGCGGGCUCCGGUGUUAGCUCGUCCCGUUAGCCGCUGCUCCGCUGCUCGGUGGACAGUGAUGACCGCUGAGACACUUUUUCUUUCUGCGCAUUUCGACUGUUGAUUAAAACCGGAGAGCCUCCGUUCAUCAUGGCGACUGAAAACACCGAGACCAACGCGGGGAACGAGGAGGAAACUGGUCCUCCAUCCGAGACUAACGAGCACGACUAUGCCCACACCGAGGCCACUAACUUAACUUCCACGGAGGCAUCCUCCCCCUCGGGAGCACCGGCGGCGGACGAAGGAGACUCCGCGCAGGAAAGCUUCACCACAGCAGCCGAACCUGAACCUGAGCCCGAGCACAGCACACCGGGGCAGCCCACCCUGCCGGUGGAGCUUCCCGAUUCGGCUGUGGGUGCGGAGGUGGACUGCCCCGGUGGGCAUGAUGUGGUGGUGUCUUUUCCGCCGCAGACCGAGGACGACCCUCCAAAGGCAGACCCCUCUCAGUAUGCUACAGCCGUCGCCCCCGCUAUGCGAGGCGGCCGGCGGCGUCCCAAGCGGCCCGAGGACCGGAGCUGCUCCGCCUGUAAGUCUGAGUUCGAGCGGCAGGGCCGCAGCUUCAACCGGAGGGCGGUGUACACCUUCUCCAGCCCGGAGACUGUGCAGUGGGCCUUCCCGGACGCCGUAGUGCACGAAAAGUCGUUCCUGUGUGAGACCUGUGCGCAGGUCAUCAGGAGCAAAUGCAAACGCAAACAGAGCGGGAAGCGGACCCUGUGGCUGAAACCGCCUCAGACUAAACAGGCAGAGUUGAGAGACAAGAAGCUGAAAGGUCGUAGGAUGGGGAAGAAGAGCAAAGCAGCUCAGCUGGUGAGCAAGUCCUGCUACAAGGCUGCUUUCAAAAUGCUCUGGUCUGCUAAAGGUGCCCGGAAGCCCAUGAUGGAGUUCUGGAGCAAACAGCUGAAAGAGGAGAUGAAGGCGCUGACACGGCAGACAGACAAUCCCUUCCAUCAGAAGGUGGUGAGCAGGAAGCCACUGUCAUCCUUUCCCUGGCGGCGCUGUCUGAACUGGGCCCAGGACCACGCUCCUCUUGUCACCACCUGCCUCACCUCGCUGUUCCCUGACAUCAGUUCUCUUUCAAAGAGUGGCCACCCGCUGUCAGAGGACCAAGCCCAGGCGCUGCUGGAGCGCAGGGCCGUGGUGGCGCUCUCCAUCCCUCUCUUCACCAGGAACAUCUGGAAGAACAAUUUCCUGCAGGCAGCUCUGGGGGCAGAGCUCCGGCUGCAGGGCUGCUCUGGUGCUGCUCUUGACGCCCUCAACACUAUGGGGCUGUGUCAGAACAAAGACACCGUCAGGUUGCUGCUGCACAGGCUCCGAAACAGCAAGAAGACGGCAACACAGAACGGACGACAGAUGAAGAUGAAACCGGAGCAGAUGAAAGGAGAGGAUAUGACAGACGUGGAGGAAGAAGAUAUCGAGGAGGAGGACGAAGAGGAAGAGGAGGAGGAGGAAGAGGAGGUAGAAGAAGAAGAGGAAGAGGAGGAUGACGACGACGACGAAGAAGAGGAGGAGGAGGAAAUGGAAAUGGUGGUAGAGGAGGAAGAAGUGCAAGAGGUAGAAGUGCAGGUUGGAGUGGAUGAGGAGGAAGCGGAGGAUCAAUCAGUAGAGGAGAAGAAGAGGAGGAAGAAGAAGGCGAAGAAGCAGAGGAAGGAGGAGAAGAGGAAGGAGCGAGGGAAACGAAAGGUGAAGGAGAGGGAGGAGGUGGACGAGGAGGAGGAUGAUGGGUCGGAGCAGAAAAAGAGGAGGGUGGUGGUGGUGAGGCUCGGCCUGCUGAAGGGACACUCGGAGGUUGGACGGUCCGACCUGUCAGCUCCUUAAGACUCUGAAGGCUCCGCCCAAGAACUCCACAGGCCCCACCUUCAACCAGAAAGCAGGACAGAGGUCCCGCCCUUUUCGCUGGGGGGUGUUGAGAGGGAUUCUGGGUAUCGUAGGUCAGUAACUGUGGAGGGAAACUGAGAGCUUUACUUUCAAAUUUCAUUUCGACAUUAAAAAAAACAAACAGUUUGAGUCAGAAAUGAGUUAAUGUGAGUCCAAAAAACACAAAACUGCUCCGCUGAGACUGAGACAUGAACACAACACCCCCAGCUGAUUGAUCAUGUGAUUAUCUGCAUUAAUUUUACCCCAGAUGGUCGCGUGUAUCAAGUUAGACGAAUCCUCUUCCACCUUCCGUACAUGAUGAUUGCAGCUUCCAACCUAAAUAUUUUUGUUUUACAGGUCCCAGAGUUUCCUUAUAAUCUACUAGAAAGGAACUGGGAAUUUUCAAAUUUAAGAAAGGUUUCUGGACAGAACUACGCAAUUUGGUACCAACUGUAGGAACAUAUGAUGGGGUAAAAGAAUUACUUUAGGUUAGAGAUGCACAAUAAUAUCAGCACGUCAUCGCAUAUUAUAUUAUGAAUAUUAGCUACAUUUAAAAGCAUUGUAUUUCAAGUCUCCAUCUGCUGGUGGGCCAUCACGAUAAGAGUGUUCUGUCUAAUAUGACGUUAAUUCCACUACAAAAGAGACGAUCACUAAUUCAGUGGGGAAAAAUUGGAUACAUUAAUAUCGGUAUUGGUUAUCGGUCAAAUGAGUUGUUACAUAUCGGAAAAAAAUCCCAAUAUCAUAUAUCCCUACUUGGGGUCAAGAUGAAGGGACAUUUGUCGUAAUGUUACAAGAAUAUUUCCCUAAUUUCGGAGAAUAAAGCCACAAUUUCACAUUAAAAAACCUCAAUAUUAUGAUAAUGAAGUUGCAGUUUUUCAAGAAAAAGUCGUUAUAAUUCGGAAAUAAUGUCUGAAUUUAUUUUUACAUUUUUGCAACUGUUAACGCCACAAUUUACGAACAGUUAAAUGACUUGAAAGAGGUUAACUUUCCUCUGGAAAACUGGGAACUGUCGGUGUGUACUCUCAGAAUAUUUCUGCACAGUUAGUACCAAAUUGCCUUUGGUGUAUCUUUACCCCAAGACCUUAAGAGGAGAAACCCACAACUCCACCUGGGGGUGAACUUUACAUGUCAUAAAUAUGAAGUGGAGAAAAAUGCAGUUGUAGCAGUUGGGAGCAGACACCAGGAAAUCUCUGUAAAUGUUUAAAUAUGUGACAGGUGGGUUACAGGUGAGGGACGAGCAGCAGCAGGAGGAGUCAGUCCUGUCCUGUCCUGUCCUUAAAGGGUAACUUUGGUAUUUUUCAACCUGGGCCCUAUUGUGUCAUGUUUUUGUGAGUGAUGGAUGAGAUCAACCAUUUUUGAAACUGGUCCAGUAUUGAGCGAGUGUGCUGCAGCCAGCAGAGGCAAAAUGAAUGAGAGAUGUAAUCCCUGUGGGUAUCUGAGCACCUUCAAUUUACGUCCACUAAACUGACAAACUCGGAUUAUUAUUACAAGUGUCUGACAACAUUUUGGAAAGGAUUCCUACAGAGAUACACCUUUUGUUAAAGAGUAAGAUCUUUUGUGUUUUGUCAACUUUGACCAUUACUUUAUUUCUUAUCGUCUCUCUUGGAUGACAUACACUUUAAGUAAUUAGUAUUGAGUGGAUCUUCAAGUGUUAAAAGAUGUUUGUGAGUUUCGACCUAAUUAUGUGAGCUUGCCUUGAUUUGUUCUGAAAAUGUCGACGUGCAGACUGAUAAAGGAGGUAAUACAGUGAGUGCUGGACAGAGCAGUGAGUGACAACAACCCUGCCCACAGACUCCAUUUAAAUAAAAUGGGGCAGUUUCUGGUACAAGAAUAAGGAUCUUGCUCUUCAACUAAGAGGUCAGACACUUAAAAUAACAAUCUGAGCUCAUCACUGUCAAAACAAACACUUUUAGUGGACAUAAAUUGACGGUGCUCAAUAACCCACAGGGAUUACAAUGCUUGUUUUGCCACUGCUGGCUGCAGUUGUCUCACUCAAUACUGGACCAAUUAAAAAACUGUUGACCCCAGUAGUCAGUUAGAGCCUGGUAUUAACAUGUGUUUUCGGUGGUCCAAUCACAAGUGGACGGCCCUAAAUACAAAUGUAAACGACUGCCAUGGUGCAUUACAGAGGCAGAGGGAAAGGGUCCAAGCUAAAAAAUACCAGUUACCCUUUAAUGUUUUUCCAGCUGCUGGGUGAUCAAGGUCAUCAGGAAGGAGAUAGUGAUUUAUUUUCUAAUUCUGAUUAGGUUCUAAAUUUCUUUUUUUCCAGCUUUCAGUUUUGGGUUCCUCGGCAGGACUCUGACACAAAGUAAAGAAACAGAAAACGGUUUGAUUUUCAUUCUGAACACUGUGGACGUCCUGAACUGUGGAGGAUGUUUAUAGACUGAAGAUGUGCAUUUCUAUGUUUGAAACGGUUAAAGUGGAGCGGAGGCACACCUGAGAAAAGGACCUGGACUUAAUCGCUUUGUUUUUUGUUUUUUUUAUUGUUUGUUUGUUGGCUGUAGUGAACCCAUCAGAACAGAGUCAUGGCUUCAGUAGGCUCGUCUGUCGCACGCUGAGGCCUUUAUGCUGCGUUCACGUCAAGUUUCUGUGAUUACAGUUGGUCAUGUGAGGGUUAAAAAUACUGUCCGUUGACAAUAUCAAUCUAUAAACAUUAAAUAAAACAGACUUUGACUGACGAUAGGUGUCCAUGUAAGUUUGGCUUUCAGACACUUGCAAAUUAUUAAGCACCUGCUAUAUCAAAGAUUUCAGAAAAAUCAGUUUUCUAGUCAUCAUGAUCCAGACGUUCACCUUAAUGCUUUUUACAAGUAAUACAACUGUUAAUUACAGUAACAGUAACAGUAGUGUGGUUAAGGAGAAACAAAAAGAUACGACUCAUUUGUGAACUCUGAGGAAAAUUGUGAACUAUCUGGGAUAAAUCUAGUCAAAAAUCUGAUUUAAAAAAUGACUAAAAUCAGACUUUCCCUGGAAUUCAGAAACUGAAUGUUUUCUUUGUAAUGCUUUAUUUUAUAGUCUGUAAUUUCCCUAAUAAUUUAACUGAAAUGACUGUAAUGUAAUGUGGUAUAAUUACAGUGAAAAUAGUGUUUAAUUUAACCCUUUGAAACCCCGUUAAAAAAACAUGGGUAAAAGGCAAUGAAAGAAAAAAAUAGCAAGACAUACCAUAAGUAAAAAGAGAAAAUUAGUAAAAAAAAAAAAAAAGUUAAAGAAAAGUUUAAAAAAAAAGUGUAAAAAGUGCUUAAAAUUUUAAUAAUUUUGAAUCAUGAUGUUAAAUACUAUAAAUCUAGUUUUUCCCUAGUUUGUCUUUUUAAAUAAUUUUCUGUAUCUUUUUUUACAAUUUGUGAGAGAUUUCUUACCAAGUUGCUCAUUGCCUUUUUUCCCAUGUUUUUUUUUUUUUUUUUUAUUAACUGCAACAAUUUGCAAAAGGUUCAAAACUUAAAAUACUUGUGAAGGUGUCUGAAAUCAGCACAAGACAAGUGAUGUCGCUCCAAGUUUCAAAGGCUUAAAUACCUGGAAUCCUGGCUCAUGUAUCAGUUUCAGCCGGACAUGGAAGAAGAACAUGGAAGUGAAACUUGUCUACAGACGUAUGGAGAUAAAAGUCUCCACUUUUGUCCUAUAAUUAGAACCAGAUUACAAAGUUCCUUCUGAGAAAUUAUCAGGAAAUUAAGGAGCCCUUAAAAUAAAGUGUUAAAUGAUCCUUUUCUGUGGUUUGAAUAAUUCCACCAUCUGUAAAAACGCGGCCAUACGUUUCUCUCCUGGUUAGAAAAAGAUGAAAUGGAAGUUUCUGAACCGGGAGGUGCUGUAAUAUAGUUUGAUUUGUAACAAGGGUUUGUUCUUUGAGUCUCUCAAAGCAUCUUAUUUUUUUAUAUGUUUGAUUGGAGGAAGACGGAGAGAUGUGUUUUCUGAUUGUUGGUCUCAGAUCUGAUGUUCAACCAGUUGAACCAGUCUGACGCAAAACUUCCUGUAAAAGUUUGCCAAUAAAACAUUUAAGGCUUCAA